AGCUUUGAUCUCAGCUGAUCUUCGGAGUGAAUCCAGUCCGUAAUCAUCUGUAACGGAUUCAUUGAUAUUGUACAUACUAAUAUCCAUGAAUGAAUCCCGUUGUUAACAAGUUGAGCUUGCAUGGAAAAAAAGAAGGGGAAGAGUUAUCGAUUGUCAUAUAUAUCAGUGAUAGUCGCCUAAAGUCAGCACUUCGGCAUUCACAAUCGGUCGCACUCAAGUCGCACGUUCUGACCAUCGAUUACGCCAUACCGGCAACAGGGUGACGAGGUUGAACGCAACAGUAAACCAGACUAUCUUAUCCCCUUACUGACAAAAGUACGGAGUAUGAAAUGUCAUCCUGGUAGACAAUUAGUGACCCGUGUCUAUCUUACAUGCAGUAAUAGCAGGGGCAGAAACGCCGAGAAAAGAUUGUGCUGUGCUAAUCUCGUAGCUCGAGAGGCAUCUUAGAUACGCAUACACAAUCAUAUGAAUAUUCGAAAGUGAAUUGUCUACAUAUAUAAAUUACUACUAGCUGGUAUGUAUGUACCAGUCAAGAUUCAGUUCCCUCGCCCGGCAUAUCUACUGGUAAAACGGUUGUAACCAGUUUUUUCAACAUGCUGCGCCGUGUGAUUAUAUCUAGAGCUAGCAGUCACAUUAAUCCGUUUUGCUGCCCACGCUUCUACCCACAGACUUCUAAUUUUCAUUCCACCAAGCAACUCAAGCAUGAUAGUAACAAACCUGACCCAGCAAACCCAAUUUCCCGCACCCUGGGAGCGCUCUCAUACGACUUCAGACAGCUCAAAAAACGCCUGACCAUGUCACAGGCAGAGCGUGAGCUUGAGGAUAACACGGAAGGUGAUGUUCCGUAUGAUUUCCCAAAGCAGUGCGACGUCAUUAUCAUUGGUGGAGGUGCGAUGGGCAGCUCUAUUGCUUACUGGCUUAGAAAACGCGCUCUUCAUGGUCUUCGUGUAGUUGUAAUUGAAAAAGAUCCCACAUACCAGAAAUGUUCCUCAGUUUUGUCCGCUGGAGGUCUUCGUCAGCAAUUCUCUUUGGAAGAAAAUAUUGAAAUGUCGCUGUACGGGGCAGAGUUCUUACGUAACAUGGGUGAAUACUUGAGUAUCGAAGGAGAGCCGCAGGUAGAUCCGCAAUUUCAUCCAUAUGGAUACUUAUUUUUGGCAUCUGAAGCAGGCGCCGAUACACUUAAGAGAAAUUCUGUACUGCAAAAUUCUCUGGGGGCGAAGAACUUGCUAUUGACCCCUGAAAAAUUGACACAAAAUUUUCCUUGGAUCAACACUGACGGUAUAGAGCUUGGCUGCUAUGGUCUACAAAACGAGGGUUGGUUUGAUCCAUGGACACUCCUUAGUGGCCUGAAAAACAAAGCUAUACACCUCGGAGCUGAAUACAUCGCAGCCGAAGCUGUAGGAUUUGAAUUCAAGCAAAACCCUAACAUAGAAGUAUCCGGCAUUCCUGCGGGCCAGUAUGUCGGACUGGACAAGCUAACAGUAAGAACCCAAUCUGGAGAAGAGAGGAGCAUCCAAUUUGCAAUAGCUAUCAUAGCUGCUGGGGCACACAGCAACGAUAUAGCGAGAAUGGCAAAAAUCGGGACUGGGCCUGGAAUGUUGAGCGUGCCAUUGCCUGUCGAGCCCAGGAAGAGGUAUGUCUAUUGCUUUCACUCCCCUGACGGCCCUGGACUCAACACGCCGCUGACGAUAGAUCCUACAGGAACGUACUUUAGGAGGGAAGGUUUGGCUGGCAAUUAUAUUUGCGGACGGUCUCCAGAACUGGUAGAUGAACCGGCGGUCGACAACCUCGAAGUCGACCUUGAAUACUUCGAUCAAAAAAUUUGGCCUAUAUUAGCGAAAAGAGUCGAGGCGUUUGGGAACUUGAAGGUAAAAAGUUCGUGGGCAGGUUUUUACGAGUACAAUAAAUUUGACGAAAACGGAAUCAUUGGCAUGCAUCCGUACUACCACAAUUUAUACCUGGCAACUGGAUUCAGUGGCCAUGGAAUUCAACACGCACCAGCUGUGGGUCGAGCUAUAUCAGAGCUCAUUAUAGAUGGUCGAUUUGUAACGAUAGACUUAACAAGGCUAGGUUUCGAUAGAAUAAUUACGUUAGAACCAAUGCUAGAAGCGAAUAUCGUCUGAAAGGCUAUCUAUAGAUAGAAAAAAACAAAGGAUAUGCUAUUCAAGUUGCAUUCAAUUUAUUGGUACAGAUUAAUAACAUGGUCAGAGGGUCUGCCAUACAUUCAUAUUUUAUCCAGUUUUAUCUCAGUGGAGAUGGAUAUGUACUGUUACAUAAGUAUGGUUACACAUACAAAAGCGGUUCGACAUGGUUAUCUGUCAGAGAGCAAUAUAGUACCACACUUGCACGAAAUUUUUACAUCUGCUCUUGAUACAAAAAUAAAAAAAAAAAACUUGAGACUAAUAGGUUAUCCAAAGUACCAAAUCUGAGUUUGCUGACAGGUGUCUCAUUUUAGAAAAUAAAGUAUCCUUUAAACAUAAAA